UCUUGCCUUUGAGGCUAGCAACCAGUAUUCGACAAUUAUGACAAGUUCUGGUGAGCGUUUCGCGCAGAUUUUAGUUAUGUUCUGGUCUUUAGCAGUUCUUCAAUCAGCAGGUGGUCAAAGUGUCACAUGGUAUGAACCUCUACCUGUUGAGACAGUAUCGAGUUCAACCACAGACCUGCCUCCGGCAGAGAUGAAGGUUUUUGAAGGAUAUCCUGCGUCUCUAAGCUGGAACUUCAGUUUGACGUCAUUGACUCUUUUUUUGGCGACUGUAAGGUUCGACACUGUUACCCUUGCACUUAGUGGACCAGGAGGAUCAGGUGCAAAUGUGGACGAUGCUUUCAAGGACAGGUUCAAUUUAACUUGGAUUUCCCAACGGCUCACUUUGGUAAUCUUCAAUGUGACCGCCUCAUAUGAUGCAAGUAAUGGAGCAUUUGAUUGUGAGUUGGGUACUAACAAAGGAUCUUGGAGUCGUCAUAUUCGCUUGAAAAUUAUUGAACCCACGAAAAUUGUUGGUGUGACAAGUGACCAAGAUGUUUGUGUGGACGCAAAGGUAACUUUGAGUUGCAAUGCAACUGGUAAACCAGAACCAAAUAUUACUUGGACAAGAGUGUGGGAAAAUGGUACUGACAGUAGAGCACUGCAAUCUAAGGAUGGAUAUUUUGUCAAGGAUAAUUUUGGCAACAGUUCAAGUGGAACAUACCGUUGUGCUGCUUUCAAUGGGGUUGGGGAACCUGUUAAUCAAACUGUGAAAGUGAUCGCAAAAUAUUCUGUACCUAAGGUCAAAGUAGUCCGGUCUUCAAACGUUGUGCUCGAAGGUAAUGCAUACAGCUUGAGUUGUGAAGCAACUGGGGAUCGAAUAACAAAAUUUACGUGGAUCAAAGUCAGCAAUAAUCUGAGCAGUGAUGGGCACAUACUGGACUUCAGUAACAUUGACAGAAAUGAUGCUGGAGUUUACAAAUGUGAAGCAAGUAAUAGAUGUGGAAGGAAAACAAAGACAGAAACUCUCAUUGUUUCCUUUAAGCCUGAUAAUGUCACUUUGGAAAUGAACACAACAGAGAACAAUGGCUGCAAUGAUCUGUGGGUGAAUUUCACAUGUAACUCAUCUGAAGCCAGUCCACCUGUUCAUAACUAUUUGCUCCUUAAGAAUGAAACUGAGGUCAGUUUCAACCAAAAAGGAACAUGGAUAGAGAAAAUUUUACAAGGAAAAACAUUUGUUUACAAAUGUCAGGCAUAUCAGGAAAUUGACAAUGUCACAAGCACAAAUAUUAUUUCUUUAUCUGUGAAAGAGCCACCCUCUGUGAAACAGCUGAAAAAUGAACAAGUCCAGGAAGGUAGAGAUGUGGUCAAGGAGUGUGAUGUGACCACAGGGACUCCUCCCCUAACUUUUUUUUGGAAGAAAGUUAAUACUAGUGAGGUCUGGUAUGGAAAGCCAUUGAACAUUACUGACAUCAACAGAAAUCAGAGUGGAGAAUACAGAUGCUUUACAAACAACACUUGUGGAAAUGAUUCAACAUCGAUGUUCAUUGAUGUGCAGUUCAAGCCAGAUAAUGUCACUUUGGAAAUGAACACAACAGAAAACAGUGGCUGCACUGAUAUGUGGGUGAAUUUUACUUGUCACUCAUCCAAAGCCAAUCCACCAGUUUAUAGCUAUUUGCUCCUUAAGAAUGAAAAAGAGAUCCUUUUCAGCAAAAAAGGAAUGUGGAUAGAGAAAAUAUCAAGUGGACAAACGUUUGUUUACAAAUGUCAGGCACAACAGCAAGUUGGCAAUGUCACAAGCACCAACAAUGUUAUCGUGACCGUGAAUGUUCCAGCUGUUGUGGAGCAAAUACAAAAUGUAACAGUCCAGGAAGGUGGAAAUGUGAUGAAAGAGUGUGAUGUCACUGCAGGGACUUCUCCCCUAACGUUUUUUUGGAAGAAAGUUAAUACUAGUGAGGUUUGGUAUGGAAAGCUGUUAAACAUUACUGACAUCAGGAGAAAUCAGAGUGGAGAAUACAGAUGCUUUGCAAACAACACUUGUGGAAAUGAUUCAACAUCGAUGUUCAUUGAUGUGCAGUUUAAGCCAGAUAACGUCACUUUGGAAAGGAAUACAACAGAGAACAAUAGCUGCACUGAUUUGUGGGUGAAUUUGACUUGCAACUCAUCCGAAGCAAAUCCACCAGUUCAUAACUAUGUGCUCAUUAAGAAUGAAACCGACCUCAUUUUUAGCAGAAAAGGAACAUGGAUAGAGAAGAUAUCAGGAGGGGAAACAUUUGUUUACAAAUGUCAGGCGUACCAGCAAGUUGACAAUGUCACAAGCAUAAAGGGUAUUACUCUAAAUGUGAAUGACCUUCCCGUCAUGGAGCAGUUACUAAAUAUAACAGUCGAGGAAGGAGGAGAUGUGACAAAGGAAUGCAAUGUGAUUGCAGGGACUCCUCCCCCAACUGUUUUUUGGAAGAAUAUUAAUACUAGUGAGGUCAUUCAUGGAAAGCUGUUGAACAUUACUGACAUCAGAAGAAAUCAGAGUGGAGAAUACAGAUGCUUUGCGAACAACACGUGUGGAAAUGAUUCGUCAACGAUGUUCAUUGAUGUACAGUAUCCACCAAACAUUACCCGCAUCAUGAAUGAUACAGAAGUCAAUGAGACUGACUUAGUGACACUUGACUGUCAAGCAAAUGGUGAUCCUUCGCCUGUAAUCAGAUGGAUUUUCGUUUCAAACAUGAGUAUUGUGCCAGAGACAUUUCGCAUCACUGGUAAACAGGAUGAAGGGUUUUACAGAUGCAUUGCAAAUAAUAGCGUCGGAAAUCCUUCUACAAGAGACGUCUACAUUACUGUUCUUUACUAUCGACCCUGGAAGACAAAGCUGAUGAUUGACACCGCGGACGGUUUUGUUUUUCUGAAUCAAAUCUUUACUGUCGAAUGUUAUGCACAAGCCAACCCACCAGCGAGGCAUGAGAUCUUCAGGGGUGACGGUACAAGUGUUGGUAAUAAUUCAGUUGUUACAACAUCAGUCACAGAAGCGAGAGAGGAUAUCGUGAACUUCACUUGCAAAGUAUCAAAUGCUUAUGGGGACGGACCAACAGUAAUGAUUGCUGUGGGAGUGUUUUUCGCUCCUCCAGCAAUAAACAAGACGUCGCCGUGCAAAAAAUAUGUCAAGAAAGGAGAAGAGACCGUUUUGACAUGCUUUUCAGUUGGACAUCCCAAACCAAACAUUACUUGGACUCUGAGGGGGGAGGUUCAAGAUUCUGACGGAAAUUAUCUUUACAUCACGCCGCAGGAAACUGGUCCCUACCCUUACAAAUGUAAAGCUGAGAAUGGAAUUGGGAAUUCCACUGAGGCUACAGUUGAUAUUGCUGUGGAGAAUGAUGUAGCACCAUUGCUUAGAUACAGCAUGACUUACCGGGGCGAGACAUUUACCAAAGAAUUGAAUGAUAAAAGGAGUUUGAAGUACAAGAAUUUAGCAAAAGAGGUUCAAAAGGUCAAGGAAGCCUUUCCGGAGUGCCACACGCCCAAACGUGUAGUCGUGGAAAUAAUUUCUCCGAAUGAAAACAGGCAGGUGGUUGUAUAUUGCGGUGUUUAUUUCAAUGUAACCAUGGGAGUAGAAGCUGCAACAUCAUACCUUAAGGAUGCAGCAAAAGAGGGAAAAUUGGGCAAUGUCGAUGCUGAUUCAAUUACAUUUGUCGAAGCCGUAACAGAUCGGAAGAGGUGUAUGGCUAUCUAUAAUGAUGAUCAGCUUUGCAAUUCUGUUAAAGAUAUUUGGAUUGCUGUCUUUUCUGUCGGUGGAGUGACAAUUGUGGCUGUUAUCGGGUUAGGCGCGUACUAUGUACACAAAAAGAGAAAGUGCAGGCGCAAAGACAAUUCCGUUCACAACGAGAAUGAGGAAGAGCAGGCGUUUUCCAGUAAACACGGCACCCUGUCAGACGGUAAACCAUGUGAUUAUGCCAUGUCAGGACCUCAGCCUCCAGUCGACCUUGACAAUGAACAACAACUGGGAGCAGUGCCUACAUAUGCUGUUGUAGACAAGUCCCAAAAGAAAGGUAAAAAGAAAAAGAAGGAAGCUGCAGAGCAGAAGCCUAUUGACGAUCAGUAUGCAGUAGUGGACAAGUCUAAGAAGAAAAAGAAAAAUGAAGCGGAUAACACCUACGCUGAAGUCGAUACGUCAAAGAAAUCAAAAAAGAAGCCCAAGCCCAGUGAAGUUCUUUACGCUGAUUUGGGUGAAUUUCAUUCGAUGAAGAAAAUGCCUGCAGUAUCCACCUCCCCCAAAGCCCUGCCUCCGAUCAAACGGCCGGAGGCUUAUGUAGAAACACAAUAUGCUGAUAUCGCCCAGUUUGUAAAGGGAAAUUCUGAAGAACCAGGCGCUGAGCUUCCUAAAGGCAGUACCACCCCAGCUCUCAAUAAUACUGCCACUGGCAGCAAGGAGGAAUCCUCAGCUGGGAACACAGGUGAUGGUGCAAAGGCAACUAACGAGACAGGAUUUUAGUUUUAACUGAGGUUGCAAAACGUUAGAGGAGCUGUAGUCGUUUCGCAAGACAAUGGUAAUCGUAGCCUUAAUAGUUAAUUCUCAUGUUUCGUAGUUAUUUUCUCGCAGGCAUAAGAAUUUGUUGUAAUGUAGCAGAAAUUUUGCGUGAUAUAUUUUUAUAACACCGUAAGAGUUUAGUAUUGGUAGAAGCAAGUGUGCGUACGAUUUUUAGCUUUGUAAAAACAAGCAUUUCUUAUUUUAAGACCCUCAAUGUUGGUCCGGUCUGGGGAUUGAACCUUCGAUCUCCCCCACAGCAGUCAGACGCUCUACAACAUGCGCUAGCCAGGCAGCGAGGAAAAAACACUUGAAGUGCCUAUGAAACAAUAUUUUUCGGCGUUUUCUUGUUGAUAGCUGUAAAAAUUUAAAAUUUAAAAUAAUUUACUUUAGCGCCCUGCGAGUUCUCCUUGACCAUUUUUUGCUCUUUGAAAGCACGAUUUGGCGACCCAAAAGGGUCCACCUUUGACACACGGCCAAAACGAACAUGUUACAUAGCUGUGACGUAGAAAACUGUGAAGACGCGUCGGCAACUAUGGUGGAGAGAGGAGAAAUCAAGAAUAGGGUACGAACGAAUUGCGUUAAUUCCAUAUGCGCAUGCUACAAGAUCUAUCACUACUGCACUAGUUUGGUAAUUUUCAAUCACAUUUUGCAGAAAUAAGUAGACACCAAGAAAACUCAAAGUACAAAUCAAUUUUCUUGUGAAGGUGAAUUUUUUUUCCUUUAAUUCGCUUCAAAUUUCAGCCAACUCCCUCCUUGUUUCUUUCUUUCUUAUUUAUUAAAAACGGUCAGCAGUUUUUUUUCUCAAUUUCAAUCUGCUUUAGCUUUCAGUUUGUUUCUUUUGUCUCUUGUUUUUUCUGCUUUUAGUUCCUUUCGGUAAUUUUGGUAAUAGAUGGAUUGUGCAUAUUUUUCUUCCAUGCUCGUUUCUAGAAUUUUUUCAAGAAGAGGUUUAAUUCGAUCAUUUCUGAAACUUUUAACGCACUGUUCAACAAAUUUUGAAGACGCUUUUUAAUAUUCCGGUUUUUUACCAUUCGCCGUGAGACUGCUGUUGUGAAGUUUUAUAUCGUGGCAUCUACUUUGUUGGGCUAAAGUACGGUCGGAUUGAAGGAACACAUACACACCAGCUUUUUAAGAUCACAGCGCAGCAGUGAAUGCACGUGUGUUUUGUUAAUUACAAAUAAUUAUCAGACGUAAAACGUCAAUGGUAGCUCUAUUUGAAUUUUGUAUAGAUAGAGUAAGUUGGAUUCCUGGGCAAGAUAGUUGAUUAAUUAGUUCUAACAUGGCACUUCGGGAUCAAAGAGUGACAAAUGCCUCUUGCACGCCUUUUAUUUUAAAAUAAGUAUAAAUAUCUAUGUCAAAGUAUCUCUUUAGACAUAACUAAUUUGUCAAAAAGGUUUAAGUUACUGUAAUGCAUUACAAUGCAGUGUGUGCUUAUUUAACCUUAUACCAUAUUUAACAUGUAACCUAGUAAUAACUAUUGACGCUAAGGGGACAUGUGUGGCAGGCAUGUUUGAAAGACUCUGAAGUCACUUGUUACUUUGCUAGUAAGCAGAUGUCGAGUAAUCCCCAGCCAAUCAAACGCACUGAUGACGUAGUCAACCAAUCAAAACAGAAGUACAGUCUCCUUAGGACAAGAAUCACAACCCCUCCAUGAAAAUUCGCGAACGCUUCGUUUUGGUUUCAUGACAAGAACUCCUUGGUGGUUCUGUUGGCUAAAGCUGGCUGCCACACUGUCCAGUUUCAUUUGAUUCAUUUUUUCCAGCCUAAUGCUUUUUCGUAGUCAGAAUGAUGCAAUGCUUAUAGUGAUUCUUAAUGAAUACCACGUAUCACAUAUUAAAUGUGCGGUCUGAGUAACGAGUGUUGAUUUUAAUACAAUAAUCACGCGUUUUUGAGAAGCCGAAAGUGCUUAAAUGUGUGUUAUGUGCCUACAGGACAGACACCUUCCGUAACACUGUUUCUGUAAUGAACAGGUACUGUUCAUUAAACCUUCAGCGGUUUUCCAGUAGCGAAAACCAGUAGACUUAAUCCAUCGGAAGUACUAAUGUGAACUCACCUGCAUACUGUGAUGGAAUAUUUAUAUCUACAGGUUGACAAUGAACAGCUUGAAGCAGAUUGGUUUUUCCAAUCUUUCCAUGCCGUUUUACCACCCAUUUAUUUUUUUCUUUUGGUGACUCUUUGAUACUUUUUCCUAUAUCAACAUAUGUAAACAACUGUAAUGCUCAUUAAACGCUGAUAAAUC